CCGCCGCACGUGUUUUCAGAGAGAUGCCUAAAUCUAAGCGAGACAAGAAAGUUUCCUUAACAAAAACUGCCAAGAAAGGCUUGGAACUGAAGCAGAACCUGAUAGAAGAGCUUCGGAAAUGUGUGGAUACAUACAAGUACAUCUUCAUCUUCUCUGUGGCCAACAUGAGGAACAACAAGCUGAAGGACAUCCGAAAUGCCUGGAAGCACAGCCGGAUGUUCUUUGGCAAAAAUAAGGUGAUGAUGGUGGCUUUGGGGCGAAGCCCGUCUGACGAUUACAAAGACAACCUACAUCAGGUCAGCAAGAGGUUGAGAGGUGAAGUUGGGCUCCUCUUUACCAACCGCACAAAGGAGGAGGUGAACGGGUGGUUCACAAAGUAUACAGAAAUGGAUUUUGCUAGAGCUGGGAACAAAGCAACUUUAACCGUGAACCUGGAUCCAGGGCCCCUGAAGCAGUUCCCUCAUUCCAUGGAGCCACAGCUGAGUCAGCUGGGCCUGCCCACUGCCCUCAAGAAAGGUGUGGUGACCCUGCUAUCUGACUAUGAAGUGUGCAAGGAGGGCGAUGUGCUGACUCCAGAGCAGGCCCGGGUCUUGAAGCUUUUUGGGUAUGAGAUGGCUGAAUUCAAGGUGACCAUCAAAUACAUGUGGGAUGCCGAGUCGGGGAGAUUCCAGCAGAUGGACGGUGAACUGCCUGAAAGCGCAUCUGCAUCUGAGGGAGAGUCAGAAGAAGAGGAUGACAGCUGACUCUAGGGUGUGGGACGAAGGACUUCCAGCAAGUUCUUCAUCUCCAUUGGACACCAGGACUGCUGUCACCCCUCUGAAAGGAGCAGCUCUUUAUCUUGACAUGGAUGCGGACAAGAGAGGAAGCUGGGGUGGGACUUUGUUU